AUGAUUACAUUCGUUAAAUCAAGAAAAAAGGGAAUGACUCAAGAUGAAAAAAGAGGCAAAUUACUAGAAAUUUUUUAUGAAAAAAAAGAUUGUUUUCAAUUAAAAGAAAUCGAAAAAUUUGCUUCAAAAGAAAAAAAGAUAAAUUCUCAGAUAGUCAAAGAAAUAGUGCAAUCCUUAGUUGAUGAUGAUUUAGUUAAUUCUGAAAAAAUUGGGUCCUCUAUAUACUAUUGGGCAUUUCCUAGUAAAGCAGGACAAAUUAGAAAAGUCAAAAUCGUUCAACUACAAAACGACUUAUUAGAAUGCUCAAAUAAAAAGAAUCAGCUUGUUGAAAUGAUCGAAAAUUGUAAAAAGGGCAAGGAGGAAUCGGAUGAAAAAAAUGAUAUCAUGAAAACUAUAUCCGCCAACGAAAUAAUUGUUAAUGACUUAAAACAAGAGUUACUCAAAUACAAAGACUGUGAUCCCAAGUACAUAAAAGAUAUGCAGGAAAAAAAUUUGGAAAUCAAAGAUGCUGUUAAUAUAUGGACGGAUAAUUUAUUUAGCUCUGUGUCUUGGUUAAAAAGAAAAUUCAACGUUGAAGAAUCUAUAAUCAAUACUCAGUUUAACAUUCCUGAAAAUUUGGAUUAUAUUGAAUGA